AUGAGCCAAGAGUCUACUCCCAGCAGGGACACCACAGGCCCUACAUCAGGUGCGCGAUCUAACGGCGAGGGAAGCUCGACGGCCACAAACGAAACGCUAUCCUCAGCUCCGUCAGGUCCGCCCUCCUACAUGACCGUCGGCACCGGGUCGACAUCCGAGCACGCGCAUCGUCUACAAGCCCUCCUUGACAACGAUUCUGGAUAUGGCGGAAGCAUUGCUGGCGACGGAGCGCCGCUCACCGGUGCCUCUGGCGAUCAUCACCAGGCUCUUGUCGACCCCGACCGUCGAAUGCAGGCCGGCGCCAUCCACCAGCUUUACUACAACUCACAUCGCGUAGCCCUGGCUAGAUCCAUCAACCUCGCCAUCCAACUACUGAAAGGUCUCCGGGAGAUGAACGCAAAGUGGCCAGCACAUUAUCCGUCGGUUCAAGGCAUAGAUACCCCAACGUCUCCUCGGCCGGGAAAUCUGCGUCACUCAUUUUCGUCCGUUGGAGAAUUCGCUGCAUCUGCCACGGCGGCCAGCCACCCUCGGGAGCUCAGGCGGUCUCUGACGUCGGUGGAGGAUAUCGGUGGCCAGGAUGCCGAGUCGAGCAAGGCCGCAGAGCGCCGACAGGCCGCCGCCGAGCCUCGGCUUGUCUCACCGCAAAUCUCGAGAGAAUUCUCCAUCUUGAAGCUGGACCUCAAACUGGGCUCGUUACAUCAGACUGAGCUGGUUCACUCCCUGGAGAAAGGCUCGGUUGCCUCCUUGUUGGACGGAAAGAUCGGCUCCAGCAUCAAGCACCUUCAGUCAUUAAGGGAGCGUAUCGAGGAUACCUCGAGUAAAGUAUUGGUUACGGGAGAUCUGAACGCAGGGAAGUCGGCAUUCUGCAAUGCACUGCUUCGAAGGAAGAUUCUGCCUGAAGAUCAACAGCCAUGCACAAGCAUCUUCUGCGAGGUUCUUGAUGCCAGGGAAAACAGCGGCCUGGAAGAGGUGCAUGCCGUGCAUAAGGAAGCCAUCUACGACAGGAACGACGAGUCUACAUAUGACGUCUAUUCGUUGUCUGAUUUGGAAAAGAUCGUUAUCGACAACGAGACAUAUCUACAAUGCAAGGUCUACGUCAAAGACGUGCGGACUAUCGAUGAAUCGCUGUUGAACAACGGGGUUGUCGACAUCGCGCUGAUCGAUGCCCCUGGACUGAACUCGGAGAUGACAAAGACAACAGCCGUGUUUGCUCGCCAAGAAGAGAUUGAUGUCGUUGUUUUUGUCGUGUCUGCCGCCAAUCACUUCACAAUCUCGGCGCAGGACUUCAUUUCAGUGGCAGCGGCUGAGAAGGCCUAUCUCUUCAUCGUUGUCAACCAGUUCGACAAUAUCAGAGACAAAGAGAGGUGUCAAAAAAUGAUUCUGGACCGCGUGAAAAUGAUGAGCCCAAGGACAUAUAAAGAGGCCUCAGAGUUGGUCCAUUUCGUCUCCAGCAACGCAGUUCCCGUGGCGCCACCACCUCCCCCUCCUGGCAGCAGUGGAGGUAGCGGCAGCUCAAGCGGCGGCGGCGGCGGUGGCGAUGGCGAUGAUGAUCCGAGCGAUGAGGAUUUGAAAGGAAAAGGAAAGGGCAAAGACAAGGAGAAGAUUCGAGACUUUGAGAACCUGGAACAGUCACUGAGAAGAUUUGUGCUGGAGAAACGGUCCAGGUCCAAGCUGGCACCCGCCAAGAACUACCUAUUGAACAUCCUUGCCGAUAUCAACGCUUUGGCUCAGGCCAACGUCGAAGUGGCGCAGUCAGAACUAGACAGGGUGAACGAGGAGCUGGCUGAGAUCGAGCCCAUGCUCGAGUCCGGCAGAAAGGCAAGCUCGCAGGUGGAUGAGCAGAUGGACAAGUCGAUCGAGCAAACAUGCUCGGAAGUUUACGAGCAUACAAGGUCAACCCUCGGCUUCACAAUCCAGAAUAUUGGUGACGCCGACCUCGGCGUCCAUUAUCCUGGAAUCUGGGGCUCCUUCGACUAUGCAGAACAGCUGAAAGAAGCAAUGCUUGCCCAAAUAUCAGAUGCCGUUGCCGCGUGUGAAGAUCACGCCCGAGCAAGAACCGUCAGUGGUGUGAACACAAUCAAGCAACUAGGCCUGCUGCAUCUGGGAGACGAGUACGCAGACCUCAGCUUCCGCCCAGAUGUCAUGUUCCGCCGCAAGAAGGAUGUUCUCGCGCGGCAAGCUGAUAUACCCACCGAAAUCUGGGACUUUAUCGAUUGGAACACACUCAUUCGUCGCCAGGAGAAGGUUGCUGGUACUGGCAUGGCUCUGACGGUGGCCACAGCAGUUGGAGGUCAGCUUGUUGUUGGUUAUGGCUGGAUGGAUCAUGCGUUGAGGGCGGCUCGAGUACUUGGCAAUGACAAUUUAAGACGAUUGAUUAUCCCCGGAAUUGUUGUGGCUGCCCUGGCCGCUUCCGCCUUCGUUUUGAACUCGAUUCCCCAAUCCCUCCCCCAUCGUCUAUCUGCCAAAGUAUCUUCACACCUGGCAGCAACCGAUUACGUGCACCUAAACUCUGCUCGUAUCUCUGGUUCUGUACGCAAGGUGCUGCGUAUCCCGGCCGAUUCUGUUCGCGUCGGCCUUCGCCGCUCGGUCGAGCAGCUUGGCACUCGACGGGACGAGACUUUACGCAUCAGCGCGGAGAGCGCCGUCGCCCUCAAAUAUUUCAGCAACUUGGUCCGGGACAGCGCCAAGCAUCGCGCAACUGUUGACGAGGUGGACUUGGAGGCUCAUGGCGCUGCGUGA